AUGCCUUCAUUAUAUCGAUAUCCAUCCCAAGCAGUGACAUGGAACGACCGAGAUGUAGUAUACUUUGCUCUAAGCAUCGGCUGCACCGCGGACGAACUGCAUUAUCUAUAUGAAAAUCAUCCAAACUUCGCCGCAUUUCCAACAUACCCUAUAGUGCUGACCUUCAAACAUGAUCAUGUAUCCAUGGUUCCCUGGAGAGAACACUUCACGACACAUUUUCUCCCACCUCCCGGUCAAUUAGUGGGCUAUCCUACAUUCCCAGCCUUGGAUAUUACUCGUGUGGUCGAUGGAGAGCGGACAUUGGACGUUCUACGCCCGAUCCCGACAUCCAGCCAAGGUCGAAAUUUCGAAGUGCGGAGUGAGGUCGUGGCCGUCUGGGAUAAGGGGAAAGGAAGAAGUACAGUGCUCAAGACAGAGCACUUGAUAGUUGAGAUUCUCGAGAGCGGUGACGAGGUAGAGUUCACGAGGAUGAGCGAUACAGCAGUGUUCAUGGGCCAAGGUGGAUGGGGAGGGCCGAAUGGUAAGUUUACCCCAAGCCAUCCUUAUUACGAAGCAUACGAUAUCAUGAAAAUAACGCUAAUCAUGGGUUUCGAUUGUGAUGAACAAGACUCACUAUCACCAUCACUACCACCGCCACCUGCGGAGACGGCGACCACAGUAACAACAACCCACCAAAUCCCAGCAACAGCACACCUCCUGUACCGUCUGAAUGGCGACUACAACCCCCUCCACGCCACAUACGUCGAAAGUGCCAUGGUGCAGCCCACGCCGAUCCUGCACGGCCUCUACAGCUGGAAUGGAGUCAGCCGUGCCGUGCUGAAUGUAUUCGCACACGGCGAUCCAACCGCUCUCACGUCAUUUCGUGCGAGAUUCACGAGUCCCGUGUGGCCCGGGGAUGUCUUGGAGACCAAGAUGUGGGUUCUUGACGAGUAUGAGGACGAAGAAGCCAUGGUGGUGGCGGAUGUUCGAUUCGUGACGAGUGUGAGAGACAAGAUUGUACUUGCAGAUGGGCGGGCUCUGCUGCGACUGGGGAAAGGUAAGGGUAAGAGCAAGAGUAAGCUAUAA